AAAAAGUUCAGACGAUCGUCAUGAGGAGUGCAGACUUUGGCACUGUUCACGUUUGAUAUGUUCGGGCUCGAGCCCAAAAAGUACUCCUCCGUGUCGAAUUCUGCGCGAGAGCGAGCCGAUUGCGGACAGACAGGCAGACAUGGGAAUGAUGAAUCACAUGGCAAUCACUUCGGUUCAAAUUGUUUUCUGACAGCUCUGGGAGCCCGCUUCUCGUACAGGACAACCAGCCGGACAAGGUAUAAGAGAGCAUCGGACGCGUUUGGCCGAGCUUUGAGCCUCGCUAUCGCUUCUCUCCGUCAUCGCCUCACUGCUUCUCGGAACUCUCGGGCUCUCAUGAACUCCCUCUGCUUCGUGUCUCCCUCGAGCUCUCUCUCGCCUUCCGACCAAAAUCGAAGCCUGCUCUCGUCCCCGUGCUCUUCUCUGCUGCGCCGUUCCGCCAGAUUUGCCCACCUUCGUCCGCUUGUGCGCGAUCGGCCCACAGUGUCGUGGCGUGUCGUGUCUUGUCGUGUCCAGUCCAGUCCAGUCCAUUCCAGUGCAGCGCACUCCGGUCCAAUCCGAUCCAAUCUUAUUUUAUGUCCCUCAGGUCUCAGAAUUCGGUGGCGUGAGCAGAGGACGACGAUUCAUUCGGGCCCGCGAGUGAUGAGCCACGCGAGAUAACUCGAUGGCAAUCUGUCCCUGACGUGUCUCCUUCACGGGCCAGUGGACUUGUUGGAGAAACUUGCACGUGGACUGCAGAGUUUUAGCUGGAGACCUAUGGAGGGCAUCGGAAAGCACUCAUGGCUGGCAGGAACCGUGGGCCAAUUGCCGAGUCUGAACGGGCCGAGCUCAUCUUACGGGACGGCGGGGCUGCUGGCAGUGCUGCUGCUGUCGUUCCUGGCCAUCGUUUUGGGUUGGGUAUGGAGCAGCAGUGGGAGGAAGGAGGACGAGCGAAAUUACCACGUGCCUCCUGGCGACCUGGGGCUGCCCUUCUUCGGAGACACGAUCCAGUAUGUGAAUGCAUAUUAUAACAGAACCAUUCGGGAUUAUGUCGACAUGAAAAUCGCCAAGUACGGGUCUCCUGUGUUCAAAGCCAAGCUCAUGGGCCACACGACUGUGUUCAUGGAUGCUCCGAAUGGCACCAAGCUCAUGUUCAACAAAGGCAACGAUGAGAAGCUGAUCCAAGGCUACUGGCCUGGAUCGACUCUGAAGCUCGUGGGACCGAAUGUGUUGUCGGCUGAGAAUGGUGCCGUGUACAGGUGCCACAAGCAGCACUUGAUGAGCCACUUCCUGGGGCACAAUGUGGUGAACCGGUACCUGGGCAAAAUCGAGACCCGAGCCAUCGAGCACAUUCAGAAUCACUGGCUGGAUGGAACCAUCGAUGGAUCAGUGCUCGAAGCCCAAAACGUGUUGAGAAUUUUCACUUUUGAGCUGGUUGCUGAUCUGUGUUUGACCCUUACGGACAAGCACGAGUCUGAAAAACUGCGACCCACUUUUGAGAUCUGGGCCAAAGGUUUGAUGGCCCUGCCCAUCAACUUGCCCGGAAGUGGCUACUACCAGGCCAUGAAGGCGAGAGCUGAGAUUCUCAGCUUCUUCGAGCCUUAUGUACAGAGGAGAAAACAAGAACUGAAGGAUGGAACCGCUACCCCCACUCAGGAUUAUUUGUCCAUCUUGCUGACAGAACCUGAUGAGAAUGGGCACUUCUACACGGAUGAGGAGAUCAAGACCAACAUACUCCAUCUGAUCCAUGGUGGCGCCAACACGGUCGCUGCUACCUUAACAAUGGCCAUCAGGAAAAUCACUGAACAUUCCGAAGUGUACGACAAGCUCAUUGCAGAGCAUACGUCGAUUACUGAAGUAAAAGAAGAGGGCGAACCUCUGACGAACGAUGACGUUCAAAACAUGAAGUACACCUGGACGGUAAUAGAAGAAACGAUGAGACUGUAUCCCGCUUUACCUGGAAUCUUUCGGGAGGCAACAGCCACUUUUGAGUACAACGGUUACACCAUACCUAAAGGCUGGAAGCUCCUAUGCACAGCGGCGCAAUCGUUUCAAAACCCGGAAAUUUAUGAAGAACCAGAGAAAUUCGAUCCGUCUAGAUUCGAACGAGAAGGCGCACCAGCCCACACGUUUUUCCCGUUCGGAGGAGGAGUGCGCAUCUGCCCUGGCAUCGAAUUGGCGAAGGUUACCAUGCUCGUGUUUCUACACCAUUUUUUGAAAAAUCUUCAGUGGACUCUGGCUGAUCCCGACGAGAAGAUUGUGUACCAUUUCAGCCCUGGCACUGCCAAAGGAAGUCCUAUUAGAAUCACCAAGUUCAAGGCUUUCUAACAAUACUGGUAUCGUAGACAAUGGUAGCUAUAGUGCAUAGUUCAUGUACAGAUUUAGACUUAGCUUGAGUUAUGUCACCAUAUUUCCCGCUUAGCUCAAUAGUAUCAAUGCAAUUCAAUCAACUCAUUAUAAGAGAAAGGCAUAGAAAGACAUAAUUGUGACAUUUUGGGUUUCCGCGUUGCCCAGAAUGAUAAUAAAGGCUAUGAUGAUCCAG